AGGCGUCGUGGUUUGAUGAGUUUUUCCUUCUGAAGCAUCAUAUCUGCUGUGACUGUGGACUUGCAUGUGAGAGCUUGCAUAGAUUGAUCAUUGACGUAGUUUGUACUGAGUCUGGAGCGUUUGCUAGACCUGGAUUCCAGUACUUAAGCUGCGCAACUCCGAAGGAUUAUCAAAUCAUACUGCCCAUACACCUCUCAUCUCCUAUCAAUCUAAGACUUGAAACCUAGCUCCAUCUAUCUCUUCUUCUUCAUCUUCUAUCAGCAGUUCAACAUGUCUUCAGAUCAAAUGCAGGGCACCAAGGACACCGUUGCUCAGAAGGCCGAGCAGACGAAGAACUUCGGCGAAGAGAAAGCAGGCCAGGCAAAGGAUGGCACUCAGGCCAUGGCCCAGGGCACCAAGGACAAGACCAACGAGGCCGGAAAGACCACCAAGGAGAAAACCAUCGAUGGCAAAAACAGCUCAGGAGGAGUGAUGCAGCAGGCUGGAGACAAGGCCAAAGAAACCUUCGCCAAUGCCAAGGAGGCCAUGACUGGAGGAAAGAAGUGAUUAGUGAAGACUCAGUUUCUCAGAGCUCCCUCAUGCAUGCAUGACACUAACUGUACAGACAUAGUUCACACUGUCUAGAGUCCACGUAUCAGAAGACCCCAAACUUCAAACCUGCAGUAGGCAGGGUCGCUUGUGCCUCAAGCUACACUUGUGCACACAAUGACAGAUUCGGGUCUUCUGGUGACCCUUGUAUAAACAAAAAUUUCUUGAAAUUAACGCAAGUCGUGGUGAACGACCACUUGCAAGCAGAUGAAG